AUGUUCUGGCGGGGGUUCGCGUCUACGUCAACCGUGGACCUGCUGCUUGAUAGCGAGAAUUGCACGCUGGAAGAAUUGUUGAAAGACCAGGAUCUUAUACAGGAAUGCAAGCAAAGAAAUCAAAAACUUUUGAAUUUUUUAUCGAAUCCUACGGAGCUUGAAGCUUUGGUGGGAUAUGUCGUAGACCCUGCUCCUGAAGAUGCGGAUGAACUCAGAAGAAUUGUAUUUCCCUGCAAGGCAUCGGAGAUCUUGUCAUUGAACUCUGCAUUACAAGUUUUGCUCUUGAAUGACGAAUCUUUAACUUCAAAGCUUAUGAAUAUGAUUGCACAAGGGGAUGACAAAUUUAACGAAUUCACGGCCUCGAAUUACAGCAAGGUUCACGAGAAUUCGAGUUUGGCUUUGGUCACCCUUGUCUGUGCUGUGGAUUUUUUGUUGAGUAAGACAUUGGGGGAAAAUGAAAGUUUAGCGGACUGCGAUGAGAAGAGAGCAUCUGUUUUAAAAUGUGGAUUGCAAGUUGUGCUUGAAUUCGUGCGACAAGGACAUAAAUUGAAUGAGGGCCAGGACGACGAACCGUUUAACUUUGAGUUUGAUGAUGUCUUCUGCCGCACUCCAAGUAGUAUUCCGAAGAAGCAAGUGCGAGGGGAUACCGGGGGCGUGCAGAAAUCACAAGCAUUCAACGUUGCAUUGAAGCAGAUUAUGUUGAGAAUUAGAGAUGUGAUCCUGAUUUUGAAGAAUCCACCAAGACUUCAGAAGAUUGUGAAUUCGGUUACAACUAUAGAUCCACCCUUGGGUUCUGUCAGAUUCAAAAUCGUCGAGCUGAUCCAUCUUCUUGUACUUCUGGACAACAUUGAUGUUUAUUCUGCUUUGGCCGAACAUGAAGCUAUCCCAAUAUGUUUGCAAUUAUUCUUUCAGUAUGAGUGGCACAACAUGUUGCAUAAUUUGGUGCAGAAGAUUUUGGAAUUCGUGGUACACUCCGAGGAAUGUCUUAUCUUACAGAGGACUAUCUUUGAAGAAGCGGACUUUUUGAAUCGCGUUGUAAAGGCCUACGCACUGAACGAAUCCUAUUCUAAACAGCCGAAGACCUCAAGAAAGGGAUACAUGGGCCAUCUGCGAGUGAUAUGCAACAUGAUUAUGCAAGCGUCAUCGUCGAAUAGAAUGAUUGAAUCGCAUGUUAGUGAGCCGUUUUGGAAGAAAUUUCUAGAAGAAAAUCCUGAGAUUCUCGUCGACUUCAAGGAUUCAAAGCAGGGGUUGGCACCGAACAGCAUCGAAAGAGAAGUUGAUGGGCAGGAGCUAGAGGACGGUGACUUCGAGUCCGGGGUUGCUUCAGCCGCAAGUCUGACAGAAGCGUUCGACAACGAGGACUCAGUCGUUAUCGAAGAUCAGAUUGAAGAGCAGCGGUCUGAUAUGCAUGCAGAAUCGUACUGCCCUGCAUCUGAUCCCAGCAACAUGGAGAGAGCGUCGAGAAUUCAGUUGAAUCCAACAGACAUGCAGAAGAUCUCGGGCAAGAUCGCAGCGAAAGUUGAAAUCGCAGUGAGAAUGGAUGGUGAUAUGCCUGUUGCUACAGCUCAGGACGUAGGAAUUGCUGGCCAUGGGUUAUUUCGAGGGUUGGAAGGGCUGAGGGAGAAAUGA